CACCCUUAUCCAACGGAAGAUGAGAAGCGUCAAAUUGCAACACAGACAAACCUGACCCUACUGCAGGUUAACAACUGGUUCAUCAACGCAAGACGCAGAAUUCUUCAACCAAUGUUAGAUGCAUCAAAUUUCGUCCCAUUGGGCAACCACUGUAGCAACGGUAGUGACGGAAACACAGAGAGUAGCAAUCUCAGUAUGAGCGACGGACUUGGAUCUGGAGACGGGCACGUGAUUAACCGAAAGAAAAAGGCUGCCACUAGCAGGCCAUCGAACAAUCGCUUCUGGCCAGCCAGUUUGGUAGCAGCGGCGGCUAUUCAUCCAGUAGCUGCCGGACUGGCGUCCACUGCCAGUGCGACAUGCAAUACCAGUAACUGUACGCCAAGUUCUUCAUCCAGUAUGGUGGCGUAUUCGAGGGAUGGAACAAACCGGUUGCACGGAAGCUCUGAUGCUGCAGAAAUGAAGACAAAAGAGACAAUGAACCAUCCAAUAUCUUCUAAAUCCCUCGGCUCGACCAUGGACCUAGGAACGCCCACACAUCCCGGUCGUUACAGUUCGCCGACUAGCUUCCAAACAAUCGAUCGACCAAAGCUGGAACCAGACCGUGCAGCGUGGGACUACAAUUCGGGUCCUCAGUUUUCACGGGAGAACCAAAUAUCAUUUGAUCCGACAAAACUGAGAAAACAUUCAGCAAAUUUCGUUGGAAACACUGAACAACCUACUCGAUCCGGUCUGCGAAGAGUGACAAUUCCAGAAGGUGAUUCCAUGGGCUACAGUUGUUCCUCACCUGCAAGACUACAGCUGAGCGGUGUUGGGGAUAUUCCUUCCUCGGAGUUGGAUCUUUCCCACCGGAACUAUCCAUCCCAGGAUGACCAAUCCAUGAAAGAUCGUAGAGAAUGCGAUAGACUGUCUCUAAAAACAUGCAAAUACACCAAUUUCACUAUCAUUAUCUUUGUAGCCUCGAGGGAUUAUGCAAUCAGCAAUCGGGUGGAGACAAUGGAAUCCUCUUACAAUCAAUGUGAAUCUCUUAGACCAAUUCAUGGACAUCAGAACAAAUCUGAUGGCAUCAUCGAUCACGCCGCUACCUAUAGAGGAUCUAGGAACUCCGGCUCGGGGGAAAGAAACUCACCUGGAACGGUGAAGCCUAACGACACAAAACCCAACGUUUCAUUGGGUCUGCCACAUAAACCAUUGAAGCAGCAUUCGGGGGUGACGAGUGCAACCUUGGAAAUUGUAUGUCCUGUGUCAAACGCCCCAGUAGCUGAGAGCUUCACAACGAACGGACGCCUUUCUCAAUUUAGCGAACCUAGUCGGACUGUGUACAACUCCGGUGAUAAAGAGUUGUUGAAUGCAGGCACAACCAUACUUCGACCACAAUCUUCAAGCGCCGAAACAGAAUUGACAACAGUUCAGGACUUUUCUGGAAAAAUCGUCCCAUCGAUUUCCGGAAAUUAUCCUCCCGCUCUGCUUAACCAUGCACAACAUUAUUCCCAGUAUUUAGCCUCGAAUAUGAUCGGAUUAUCUUGUCCUCUUUCCUCAAGUGAUAAUCCACCCACCCACACCUCGCUCUCUGCACAAUACCCCACAGAUCAAGUUCCUAAUAACCCGUUGUCUAACAUCUCUCAGCUGCAUACAUUUUACACUCCUUCAUUUUCCGCCACAUCCUUACUAUCUCCUAAUUCCAACAUCGGGAGGUCGGACCCUGUUAGUUCAAUCUUUGGUGGUUUGACCGAGUCUUGGAACUCAAACAACAUGCCACACUUCAGUAGUUCCCAAGGAGACUCUCACGGUGGAUUUCUGAAUUGCCCAUUACCUCCUUCGUGGAGCAGUAAAUUUCGCCGUGUUGCUCAAUCUAAUCUUUUGAAUACUGAAACAAGAGGCGAACAACAACCACAAGCCCUGACUCCACCACCGUCAGUUCCUUCACACUUGAUGUACAGUGCACAGAAUAGCUCCGAUAUUCUUUCGGUGACAAAGCCUACACGAACUUCGGAAAAUGGUCCUACCGUCUAUCCACAACCCCAUGAUUUCCCAUUCUUCUCACCACAGUCAGAAAAGGAUUUAUCAACUUCAACGGACUACUUCCGGUUCGGUGGCGACAGACUUGAUCUAAAUCACCCCAAAAUGAACAGCUAUCCAGGUCAGUGUGAUUACCAGUCAGACGGAUUACCACCUGAUUUCUGUUCGCCGCACAAUUUAGCCAAUCCCUACCUACCCACCGGUCAUUCGAUCGCGCCUUGA